AUGGCUGGGGCAACUGACAUGAAACUAUGGGAUGUUGUAGAGGACUCCAAGGCAAUCAGGGAGCAAGAGGGAAAAUGCCAAUUGGAUCACCCAAUCCUGAGGUAUAUGCUAACCCACCUCAAAACCCUUCAAACACAAAAGCAGGAAUAUCUCAACAACAAGCAAGCAGAAUUGGGUGAACAAGGGUACCCCAGAAAUGAAUCAGUGAGAGGGGUUUGUGGCUCAAAAAGCGAGAGACACAGUGCUGAUAUGCAUGAGCCAUCUCCAGGGAGUCAUCAUCUAGUAGUGCGAGUCUGCAAAAAAGUGAGAGACAUGUCAGAGAAACCACUGAGAUACAGCCCCAAGAUUACAGGGGUAACUCCAGGCAAGUGA